CCCCCCGCCACCCCGCCCCAGGGCCAGCGGCUCGGCCCGGCCCGACCCGGCAGUGACGCCACACUGAGCGUCACUUCCGGCUCCCGGCGCGGCCCCGACUCCGGUUCCGGCGAAAGCGGCCGCGGUUCCGGUUCCGGCGUUGUCAGCGCCGCAGCUCGGACCCCGCUCGGCCGGGCCCCUGCCGCCGCCACCAUGGCGGUCCCCAGCGCUCUCAUGAAGCAGCCGCCGAUCCAGUCCACGGCGGGCGCCGUGCCCGUCCGCAACGAGAAGGGUGAGCUGUCCAUGGAGAAGGUAAAGGUGAAGCGGUACGUGUCGGGCAAGCGGCCCGACUAUGCGCCCAUGGAGUCGUCGGAGGAGGAAGACGAGGAGUUCCAGUUCAUCAAGAAGGCGAAGGAGCAGGAGGUGGAGCCCGAGGAGCAGGAGGAGGAACUGGCCAACGACCCUCGGCUCCGGCGCCUCCAGAACCGCAUCGCAGAGGACGUGGAGGAGCGGCUUGCGAGACACCGCAAAAUUGUGGAACCUGAAGUGGUUGGAGAAAGUGAUUCGGAGGUGGAGGGGGAAGCAUGGCGGCUGGAGCGGGAGGACACCAGUGAAGAGGAGGAGGAGGAGAUCGAUGAUGAGGAGAUCGAGCGUCGACGUGGGAUGAUGCGUCAGCGAGCGCAGGAGAGGAAAACGGAGGAGAUGGAAGUGAUGGAGUUGGAAGAUGAGGGUCGGUCUGGAGAAGAAUCUGAGUCAGAGUCCGAGUAUGAGGAGUACACGGACAGCGAGGAUGAAAUGGAGCCACGUCUCAAACCUGUCUUCAUCCGCAAGAAGGACCGGAUCACAGUUCAGGAGCGAGAAGCGGAAGCCCUGAAGCAGAAAGAGCUGGAGCAGGAAGCAAAGAGGAUGGCAGAGGAGAGGCGCAAGUACACACUCAAGAUCGUAGAAGAGGAAGCAAAGAAGGAGCUGGAAGAGAACAAACGCUCGCUGGCAGCACUGGAUGCGCUUGAUACAGAUGAUGAGAAUGAUGAGGAAGAGUAUGAGGCCUGGAAGGUCCGUGAGCUGAAGCGCAUCAAACGGGACCGUGAGGAACGAGAAGCCAUGGAGAAGGAAAAGGCGGAGAUCGAGCGCAUGCGGAACCUGACGGAGGAGGAGCGCCGAGCUGAGCUCCGGGCCAACGGCAAAGUCAUCACCAACAAGGCAGUGAAGGGCAAAUACAAGUUCCUGCAGAAGUACUACCACCGCGGCGCCUUCUUCAUGGAUGAGGACGAGGAGGUGUACAAGAGGGACUUCAGUGCCCCGACCCUCGAGGAUCACUUCAACAAGACCAUCCUGCCCAAAGUCAUGCAGGUCAAGAACUUUGGGCGCUCAGGGCGGACCAAGUACACGCACUUGGUGGACCAGGACACCACCUCCUUUGACUCUGCCUGGGGCCAGGAGAGUGCACAGAACACCAAGUUCUUUAAGCAGAAGGCAGCAGGUGUGCGGGACGUCUUUGAGAGACCCUCAGCCAAGAAGCGAAAAACCACCUAAGGGCACGGGCAGGAGGGUCUGGCGUGGCUGAUGCUGGCAGGAGGGCACUGCCCUGCCAGCUGUCGGAGCCUGGGCAGGGACAGAAGGGACUCGUGCCGGGACUCCUGUGGUGACAAGCUCUUCCUCUGCCCGUGCUGUGCCUGCCCUGAUGUGGUGUCCCGCUCCCGGUGCUGCACAGACCAGGUGGGCUCCUUGCCUGUGCGCUGUAGAGGACAAUGGUCUGUGAUGCUGGCCAGGCCAGGCCUGUGGACAGACAAUGUCCCACCAGCUGCCAGUCUGUAGCCUCAGCAGCGCCCAGCAGGCCGUGCAGGCGUGCAGCAGUACCCCUAGAUCCAACACACCAACUUCUGGAGAAAUUAGAGGACUUUUGUACCCAUCUGUUCCACAACACCUCCCCUUUUCUUGUACUGUCCCUGGUGUCAGUCUGGGCCCUGUUUUGGGGUGGGCAGCGGUGAUCCUGUCUCCUUACCCUGUUCCUGCAAGGUUUGGCUUUUCUACCUGUGUGGGGUGGGGGGGUUUGAUUAAAGAUGAUUUUUCUUA